GUAAAUAACAGCAGAAGAAGAAGGCGGCGGUUGUCCUCAAUCAACGUAUGAUGAAGGCGAAUGUUUUGAUGCAGUCCAUGGAGUAAUUAGCUCAGUUCUAAGGACACAUAUAGACUUUAAAACGACCCAUUCGGUUUAUUUGUUCAAUAGAAGUUAUUGCUACUAAAACUAAUUGACCUGGACAAGAAAUUGCGCGGAACUAGACCACGGUGGCCUAGCUAACAUUUGCUAGCUCCGUUUUACCAGGUCCCUUUUGUAAUACUCCAUAUGCGGUUAAUUCUUACAUUGUGGCUGCCUGAGCAAAGUUACCUGUACUAUUAACAUUUCUAUCGGCUUAUUAAGAAGUCUGUGUUCGUGGCUUCUUCAGACCAACUGAAGGAGAAGUGUUUAUCCAUGUCCACUUGUUCCUGUAGAAUAUUAAUCCUCGGUAAGCUCAGCAAACAUGUCUCUAGUCGCCUAUGGUAGCAGUGAUGAGAGUGACUCAGAGGAAACAUCGACUAUCGAAAGUAAACCAAGCGGGGGAGGACUUUUCUCGUUCCUGCCUGCUCCUAAAGCAUCUGGAACAGCCAGGGCUAAAGGCUUUGCAGCCGCGGACAACACAGGGAGGGAGGACUUCAGUCCAUCUACAGGAGGGUUCUUAUCCAGUCUGCCCAGACCAAAGAAACGAACAGAGCCUGUCAAGAUUCCCGUGCCACAAGUCCAGAGACGAGAUUCUGACUCGGAUGAUGAUGAACCAGCUACAAAGAAGCUACAAGCCCAGGGUGCAGGGUCAGGUCUGUCCUCCAUUCUCCCCAAACCCAAAAACCUCACAGUGAAGGAGAUGGAGAGACCUUUGAUUCCUCACACGCUGACUAAACGGCAAGAGCCCAAAGGACCCAAACCUGGAACUCCUGCUCAAGGUCUGAUCAGUUCUAGCGCGUCUCCCUCCGCCAUCAAAGCCGCGGCAAAGUCAGCAGCCCUGCAGGUGGCCAAACAAAUAGCAACGGAUGACCAGGAUAACGAAGAAGACAUAACUCCUCAGAACUACUUUUCCCUGGAAGACAGCUUCCAACCUGUUCCUGCUGUCGUCCCGAGUGUGGAUCCUGAGCCAGCAGCCCCUGCAGAACCCUUUCCUUAUGUGACUCCCAAUGAGCCAGGACGCUCAAAUGCACCUUUGGAUUUUGCGGGGAACCCAGAGGGAACGGAUGCAUGGGAAGGUCAAUAUAAUCAGUAUGAACAACCCAUGGCUGGCCCAGAGGCUUUCUCUGAGGGAAGCUAUAAUGAGCCAUUCUAUCAGGAUCCUAACCCCGAGUUAGCAGAAGGAGAGGAGCCUGGCAACUCCUCCAUUUUUGAUGACGAAGCGUUUAUGCGGCUGCAGGGGAAAAGAAACCGAGGGAAGGAGGAGGUAAAGUUUCUGGAGAUCAAGGGGGACGACCAGCUGAGUGGGAACCAGCAGUGGAUGACCAAGAGUAUAUCUGAGGAAAAACAAACCCGCCAGUCCUUCAGCAAGAGAAGAGGAGAACAACCUACAGGACAACAGAGGCGAAAGCAUCAGAUAACGUAUCUCAUUCACCAGGCAAAGGAACGUGAGCUGGAAUUGAAGAACAGCUGGGCAGAAAACAGGAUGACACGUCGUCAGACCCAGGCCAAAUAUGGGUUCUAGAUCUUGUAGCUGUGGACUGCUGUGGCAUACAGAUACCUUGUAUCACAUAUUACCCGUUAUCAGAUUAAGCCUCUUCUUCUAGAAGCUCAACCUGUUUUUAUUUUCUUCCUGCUCCACACCCUGCAAUGUCACAAACUGCUAUUAUUCUGUUUGAUAUGGUGUUUCUCAGUUACUCCUUUACAGUAAAUAUAAGCCCUACACCUAAAGAGAAACCCAACCAGUGUUUUUAAGGUUUCCAAAUCAUAAAUGUUUAUUCUUUGGAUGUGUAUAAAACAUAUUCAUGGCGUUUUCAUUCAUUGUUUUUGUGGCAGAGAACAUCGUAGCAUGUUUGGUUCUCUGGGAACCGAUUCUCAUUGUUGAUCUAUGAUCAUGAUCUAAAAUGAGAAAAAUGUGACGACCAAUAUUUGCGGAAGCUACAGCAUGUGAGGAAGGGAUGCUAUAAUGUUGAUUUAGAAGAAAACAAACACCUGAAUUUGAUCAGUUGUGGUAAUAAAGCUAAAUGGUGACCUGACCUCUCGCUGCUGCUGAAAACAGAGUCCUUCUGAGUGAAUAAUUUCCCAUCAGGCACUUCAGAGUUCUUCCCAAAUGAGCCGCAAACAUCUCAAUAUGCUCUACUGUGUUUUCAUUACUGCUUUAUUUUCUGCUUAGCCUUCUCUUCCAUUGACUUCAGUUGUUUUGAGUUCAGUCUGAACAGUUUAAAUGCAGGAAUGUUUGAUGGGAGAAAAAAAUGCAGUUAGCUUAAAGAGCUAAAGCUGAACUCCCCUUUUAUUUUUCUGAUGGACACUGUUGCAUCUUUUCUUCCUACAGUUUUACAUUUCAUGUGAAUUAUUAGAGAAACUCUGUAUAUAAGAUAAUUUGCUUCUGAAAGGCCAGAUGAAUCCUUCCUUAACAUGCUGGUUCUCCCCAGUUGUAUAGUGGUGUUACUUAACAAUAUAUUAAUAGGAUAUCUUCAGAGGUCUAUAAUGUGAACCAAUCCAACUCAAUCCCUUUGUAUAAGAUGGAAGAAAAACUGUAAACAUUCAAUUGGCAGGCUAAGGGUGCACAUUUAGUCAGACAAUUACAGAAAUGUGAUGCAGGACUAAAUCUAAGUUUAAGCCUAGGGAAUUUGCAUUGCAAAAUCACAGGCUGGUGUAUUUGUUAUUCACAUCUUCCUUUUUUUGUUUUCUUGUGUGUUUGAUUAAAAUUCAAUAAACCACUUUUGAAUUUUUCU